AUGAGUGACGCCGUUGAAUCUACCAUGCAAGAAUACUCCGAAUCCCAGCCAGAAGUGCAUUACACUAUAUUAAGAAUAAUAUGCAUAUGCAUGUCUACUCUCGGAUUCGAAAUGGCAUUCAAUGUUUUAUUCUCAUUGAGUGAACCAAUCAUGGCAUCAAUGAAUAUGUCAUCAACAUCACAGUUUUUAUGCUGGCUAUCUGGACCUUUAGCCGGUGUGACACUAAUGCCACUCAUUGGUGUUUGGUCAGAUAAUUGCAAAUCUAGAUUUGGCCGCAGAAGACCAUUUAUUGUUGGCGGAUGCAUCUUUUCAGUUAUUAGCUUCCUCCUACUGUUGAUACUUAAGAGAGUACACGAAAAAUUCAAUGCAGCAGGAAAAACAGUUUCGAUGUUAUUCAUUCUAUUCUUUUCUUAUGCAUCUAUUAAUACAAUCAUGGCUCCUUCAAGAGCCCUGAUUGGAGAUAUCAUACCAGAAACGAGACAGGGUAUCUCUAACUCAAUCGCAUCAGUUCUUAUCGGAUUAAGUUCCGUUCUUCCAAAUCUUGUUGGUGGAGUUGGUUUCUUCCUUAAGUCAGAGACAUAUUCCGAGAGAGCAGAUACAGUUACGAUGUAUUUCUGCCUCUUCAUUUUGAUUCUCUCUGUUAUCAUCACAGUUUUCGCUUCUCAUGAGAAACCACAUGUUCCAGCCGAGGAACACCAUCAUCAUAAGAAGAAUCCAUUCGUCCAAAUGUACGAGGCAUUGAAGAAAAUGCCAAAGCCAAUUAUUAGGUCUUGCAUCUUAAUGGUUCUUAGCUGGGUAGCUAACUAUACAUUCACAAUGCUCGGAACAUCCUUCUUCAUGAAGGAAGUCUUCCCAGAAGAACAAGAAUCAAAAGGUCUUUGCUUUGGAAUGUUAGUUAUUGCUUGCGCUAACCUUAUGUCGUUCAUUUAUGGCUGCGUACACCCAUACGUUGUCAAUUUGAUCGGCUGCAAGACCACUUAUUUCAUUUCUCAUAUUAUUGAAGCUGUCAGCCUUUCCUGCGCUUUCUUUGUCAAGAACAAAUGGGCCCUGCUCGGACUCUUCACGCCAAUCGGUAUCGCGAUUACAAACUUCAACUCUAUACCAUACGAACUCGUAUCUUACACAGUUACCGAGGAAUAUAUGGGCGUUUACAUGUCAAUCUUGUCUACAUGCAUCGAUGUUGCUUACGUUCUUGCUAACUUGAUCAUGAACUUAGGACUUGGUAAUCUUGUUCCGAAAUUCCCAUCCAGUUGGCAUUUGACGCGUUACCAGUCAUUGAUUGGCUUUGCAGCAGUUUGGGCAGUUCUUACAGCAGUAUUCUCUCUCUUCAUUAUUGUUCCAGACCAUAAAAUGGAAGUCGAUGUCGAAGAGGAGGAAGAAGAGGAAGCCGCAGAGCGCAGCUCUUCAUCAGAGGGCGAACAGGAUCGUCCACCAGAAGAAAUUGUUUAA